CCUGAGUUUGGAUGUUGGCAGCCCAGGCAGAAGGAACAGGCAAGGCAAAAGCUUGGAGGUUCCCAUUAAGGCUGCACAGAGGACCCCCUUGACUGCGGCAAUGGAGGGGGGCUCAGCGGUCUGUUGCCAGGACCCUCGGGCCGAGUUGGUGGAGCGAGUGGCAGCCAUCGAUAUGGCCCACCUGGAAAAGGCAGAUGGCAGCCCAGAGCCUGCCAGGAACGGUGUGGACCCUCCACCACGGGCCAGAGCUGCCUCCGUGAUCCCUGGUGGUGCUUCAAGACCCACCCCAGCCCGGCCCAGCCUCUCAGCUAGGAAGUUCUCCUUGCAGGAACGGCCAGCGGGAAGCCGCCUGGAGGUCCAGGCUGGGCCUUACGCCACUGGGCCUGCCAGCCAUAUCUCCCCACGGGCCUGGCGGAGGCCCACCAUCGAGUCCCACCAUGUGGCCAUCUCGGAUGCAGAGGACUGUGUGCAGCUCAACCAGUACAAGCUGCAGAGUGAGAUCGGCAAGGGUGCCUACGGCGUGGUAAGGCUGGCCUACAAUGAAAGUGAAGACAGGCACUAUGCAAUGAAAGUUCUUUCCAAAAAGAAGUUGCUGAAGCAGUACGGCUUUCCACGUCGCCCUCCCCCGAGAGGGUCCCAGACUGCCCAGGGAGGACCGGCCAAGCAGCUGCUGCCCCUGGAGCGGGUGUACCAGGAGAUUGCCAUUCUGAAGAAGCUGGACCACGUGAAUGUGGUCAAGCUGAUCGAGGUCCUGGAUGACCCAGCUGAGGACAAUCUCUAUUUGGUGUUUGACCUCCUGAGAAAGGGGCCAGUCAUGGAGGUGCCCUGCGACAAGCCCUUGCCCGAGGAGCAAGCUCGCCUCUACCUGCGGGACAUCAUCCUGGGCCUUGAGUACUUGCACUACCAGAAGAUCAUCCACAGGGACAUCAAGCCGUCCAACCUGCUCCUGGGGGACGAUGGGCACGUGAAGAUUGCUGACUUCGGUGUCAGCAACCAGUUUGAGGGGAACGAUGCUCGGCUGUCCAGCACGGCUGGGACCCCAGCGUUCAUGGCCCCCGAGGCCAUUUCUGAUUCCGGCCAGAGCUUCAGUGGCAAGGCCUUGGAUGUGUGGGCCACUGGGGUCACGCUGUACUGCUUUGUCUAUGGGAAGUGCCCGUUCAUCGAUGACUACAUCCUGGCCCUGCACAGGAAGAUCAAGAAUGAGGCCGUGGUGUUUCCCAAGGAGCCAAAGGUCAGUGAGGAGCUCAAGGACCUAAUCCUGAAGAUGCUAGACAAGAAUCCUGAAACGAGAAUUGGGGUGCCAGACAUCAAGUUGCACCCCUGGGUGACCAAAAAUGGGGAGGAGCCCCUUCCCUCAGAGGAGGAGCACUGCAGUGUGGUGGAGGUGACCGAGGAAGAGGUGAAGAACUCGAUCAAGCUCAUCCCCAGCUGGACCACGGUGAUCCUGGUUAAGUCCAUGCUGAGAAAGCGUUCCUUUGGGAACCCGUUUGAACCCCAAGCGCGGAGGGAAGAGCGAUCCAUGUCGGCACCGGGAAGCUUACUAUCCUUUGGGUGGUUCCAGCACACCUCACCAUUAUUUGGAGCCCGGGAGGCCUAGACUGACCUUCCUGGAUUGUGAUGCAUGCUCGGCACUAGCCAGAGAAUGGGCUGAACUGAAGCUCUGAGCAGAGGCCUGAACCGGGAGCACCACACCUCCCUGCCCAUCUCCCUCCCUCCCUUCAUGGCUCUCCACAGCCGUGGCUGCACAGAGACACCAGGGGCUGCCAGUGACCGAGGGCCCGGGCCUCACAGGGCUGUGGUCUUGCAGAUGUUGAAGUGACUGGAAUCCAAUCUCUGAUCCUACGCUGGCCUACCCAUCUGGCCCCAGAAGCUGCCUUCAUGUUCCUACGAGGAAGGACUAACCGCCCAGGUUGGAGGCAGUGCCAGAAGCGGGACCCUGGUGGGGUGUGCCUGCUGGCAGGCGGCCACGGGGAGGUGGGCCUCCGGCCACUGCCUCCCCCAAGGGCGGUCACCAUUUGGCCUGCUCAGAGCGGGAGCGCUGGAGCACGCGUAUCGACCCAGCCGUGCUGGAGCAGACUUCACCUUCUCUCUGGGACCAGUACCUGGCUGGCUGGUUUGCUGUUUACUGACCAAAUACUCAAGAGAUUGAUCCCCAAAGGAAAAUAAAGCAGGACUCAGUUACCUCCCCUGAAAACAUGGGCAAAACAAGGGAUUUCAGUCGCCUACGUGGGUUUCAUAUUGCAGGAGGACUUGUGUUGAGAAGGAAAGGGAGGCUGGCUGGAGGAGCACCCUCGUCCUGCGCAUCUCUGUGCCUGUGGGUGUACAUCGCGCCUCCGCACACACGCGCGUGUGCGUGCCCGUCUGCUGCACACAGCACACUCGCAUGUCUUGCACUGGCACAUGCAUCUGUAAUAUAGUUUCUAUGUCUAUUUAAGGCUAUGAGCAGAAUGCGGCCCGUUGUCAAUGGGUCCACACUUCUCCCUGGCUUCUCUGCACUAAGGCAUUGUAACCCAGGGCUUAAGGAUAAUUUGGUACUGUUUUUAAGAACACUUUUAUAGAGUUCAUGAGAGGCCGAUGACAGAUCUGCACGUUUUUCUUGAGCAUCUCUGCACUGGGGCCUGUAGGGUGGGGGUUUCAGGAGGCUGCUUUGAUUAGACCUGCCCUCACAGAGCUCAGAGGUGGGCCCAGCUUCACUGCCUGUGUUAGAGCCCGGAUGGGGUGCUCACCCCAUCGCUGAGGGUUUUGGUUGGCGUCAUUGUUCUUGAAUGUAGCACAAGUGAUGAGGAAACUCCAUAAGAGUGUUUUAAAAAUUAACUUCCCAGGAAGUGAGUUAAAAACAAUAAAAGCCCUUUCUUGAGUUAAAAAAAAUUUUUUUUA